UUGAACUUAUUUAUCGCAGACGCUUCUCCAGAACGGUUCAGGUUUUCGCUUCAAACGUACAAGAAACUUUAAUUUUCCUUCAGCCAAGAUGAAUCCGGAGGAGGAUGCUAACUCCAUCAGUGUGCAGGCCGACGCAUUCAACGAAUCCGUCAUGGAUCGUGUCGGCGUACUGGAAACGGACCAUCCCCUGCUCGAGCGGUUCCAGUCCGCCCUGAAGUCUCACCUGCUGAAGGUGAAGAACCAGCUCGAGGAGGAGGUGGCCGAUUUGAACCACCGUCUGGUGCAGAACGAGAAGGAAUCGGAAGAGGUCGGCGCGGAGCUGUACGAUCUGCAGGAGGAGAUCGACAAUCAGAAGGAACUGCUCGAAAUUUACGGUAAAGAAAUUCUCGAACUGGCCGCCCAGCGGCAGCAGGAGGAACGGUUGGCCGCCCAGUACCGGAAGGAGUUUGAGGAGCAGCAGCUCUCGCUGAAAGAGUUCCGCAAGAUGCACAAGGAGCACCUGAUGGAGCUGGAAAACCUGACCGUGCUGGAGAGCGAGUUUGCCAAGUGGGCGCAGGAGAUUAAGGACGAAAUAGCGGUCGCGAAGCGUGUCGCCAGCAAGGACGCCAAGGAUGCGCUGGCCGCGGCGGAAGAGAAGCGGCAGGUCGAUCUGCUGCUGCUCAACCUGUCCAACGAGGUGAAGCGCAAGGAGCACGAGCUGGAAGAGAUCGAGGAGCAGAUCCGGGAGCAGGACGGGCAGCGGGAAACGAUUAGCCGCAGCCUGGCCGAUGCCAACACCGACCUGGAGGCGUUGCAGCACGAGCACAAGUGUCUAGCGCAGGCCUGGGGCGAGGUGAUAGUGGCAAUCCAGCAGCGCGAUCGGGUGCUGGUGAAGACGAAGGAAGAGCUGGAAGCAAUUUACGAGGAGCACAAAGUUAUCAAGAGCAAGACGGAAAUCACCAAGAAGGCGGCGGCCAAGGAAAUGGAGCAGAACGAGAAGCUGGCCGGCUUCAAGAACCGCAUCCAGGGGGACAUCAACUCGCUGGAGAAGCAGGUCCGGAAGGAGCAGGAGGAUGAAGAUAAGCUCAAGCGUGACCUGGAUCACUACGCGCUGAUUCUCGAACAAACCGAGGCCGAUAUCCUGAAGGCGCAGCAAGAGGGCCUGCAGCUGGAGAAUCAUCUCAAGUCGCUGCGCCAAACGCUCGAGAAGCAGAAUCGCAAAAAGUUCGAGCUGGAGGAGCAGAUACUGGAGCUGCUGCAAGAUCAGCUGACCACCGAUAAGGCGGGCGAGGCGCAGGGGAAGCUGCUGCGCGAUACGCAGGAGAAGCGCCGCGAGCUGGAGAUUAGCAUGUCGGACACGGAGAACCAGCUGUCGGUGGUGCUGCUGGAGCUGGAAAAGUGGCGUUCGCUCGUGGAAAAUUCAAAGGACGUUCUGCGAAAGGCUAAGCUUGAGCAUGACGAGCUGGAUGCCGACGCGAACAAGUACAACGAGGAGAUAAAGCUGGAAAAGGAGCGUAUUGCUGCGAAGCUGCGCAAAAUGGACGCGCUGAACAGGGAACUGGAGCAGCUGAUCAGCAAGGCGGGCGGGCAGGAGAUGAACCCGGACGAGCUGAAGCUGCUCGACGUGCAGCAAGACAUCGUGGAGAUAGAGGCCCAGCUCAAGGAGGCGAAUGCGUCGUGGGUCAAGCUGCAAUCGAACGUGGUAGCCCUGUCGGAAAAGCGCUCCCUGCAGCUGAAUGAAAUCAACUACUCCAGAAAGAAGCUGCUGUUGGCGGAACAGAAAGCGAUCAAGAUCGAGGCGCUGCUGGCGGAGGUGAUGAAUGAAAACCGGGAGAUUGUGCGCUCACUAUCGGCGCUCAACACGCGGCUCGAUGCGGCCAGCCUGGAGCUGUUCAAGACGCGCAAGGUGCACGAGAAGGGCGAGCAGGAGUGCGAAGUGGCCCAUCACCAGGCGACGGAGCGGCUGCGCGAUGCCGAAAUGGCGGUGCUGAAUCUCGAGCAGGAGCUGAAGGACCUGGGCAAGGAGAUCGAGGACUGCAAGCAGGAGGUGCUGGAGAAGCACCGGGAAGCAUUGUCCUGGGAGACAAAGUGCAAGAUGUCGUCCGAGGCGAAGAAGUUCAAGGACGAGGAAACGACCCAGAACAGUGAGAUUGGCAUCAUGAAGGCGGAGAUCCACCGGAUGCAGGUGCGGUACGGGCAGCUGAAGCGCAUGCAGGAGAAGCUGGUGCACGAUCUGGAGAACACGGUGCACCAUCGGGAGAACAUAUUCGAGUCGGUCAAUGCACGGGAGAAGGUGUUCGGUGGGAAGUUUAAGACCCGGUCAACGAUGCAGCACAAAAUCAAUGAGCUGAAGAACAAAUUGAAGGUGGUGUUUUCGGAAAUAUCUCAAGCAGAAAAGAGCCUGCUCGAGAUCGACACCGCUCAGAAGCUGCUCCAGGCAGAGAUCGAGAACAAAAAGCACCAGAUCGAGGAGGAAAAACUACAGACCAAUCUGAUUCGCGCAGAAACAGAACAGGCAUCCCUGCUGAAGCAGGAAAAUCUGGACUACAUCGUGCGCCACCAGUACCGUGCCCGUCGGUAUCGGGCACUGGCCAACGCACAGCAGCUGCCCAAGUUUCGCAACGAAAUCCUGAUCCAGGCUGACCUGCAGCGCCAGCGCGAGGUGAACGAAAACAUUGCCGCAGUGGUGGAGACGCUGCAGCAAGAUUUCCCCGUUCAAAAGUAUAAUCUGAACAAAAUUCUUCAGUUGCUGAAAUGAGGUGUGAAGUAGAUACUUGGGGGUUUUGAAGGUGAUGAUAAUUUUGGAUGUUUUUUCAGUAGCUUUUUGUGUGUGUUUUCUAACAAUCCAGUUUGAUCGAGUUUAAAUAAAAAUAUAUAUUUUUAUACACGG